AUGGCUCAACCUUCAAUCACCAUGAGACUAACGACUCUAUGCUUCAUCACCAUCCUUUAUGUGGAUCUGACAGCAGUGUCAGCGUACACCCCACAUUUCCGUCCUCAUCAUCUUAGGAGUCAGGAUAUGACAGGAAUUUGGAAGUUGACACAUCAAUCAUCAUUGUUGCCGAAUGUCAAGUCAGAUGACAACACUAGCGAAGAAGAAAUACUGCUAAGUCUAAACGAAGAUGGUACAUUUGAUCGAUACGAAACUAGUUCGGAACUUCAGGAUCAGGAUCUUCACAUGACAUUGGGCCGAGGGGGUUCGUGGGAGUACCGUGACAACAAGCUGUUUUUGGCUCCCCAGCGCCCUGAGGACGCAGAUCCCUCCAAGGUCCAUGACACUCUAUUAGCUGGAGAAUUGAAUAUCAAAGUUAGUGAUUCGCUAGUUUUGGAAGACAAAGUAGAAUUAGAAGAAGGCAAUGCUGAUGGAGAAGUCAAGAAGGAGGACAACAACAAUGCUGAGAUUGAUGUCCACUUGUCCAUUGCCCAAGGCAAUAUUUCCGUUGGGAAGUUCAUGUAUCCUAGAAAGCACAAAGCUUUCUUUGAUGACCCCAUGCUUUUCAAAAAGUCUUCCGUCGGUAGUUUCUCAGCUUCACAGGUGCUAGGGAAUCUGAAUGCCAGGCUGAAGAGCGAGCGAGAGGAAAAGAAGCCUGUGGCCAAGUACCACAAGAAGGACUUUCACGGUCGCAAGUUUUACUUGACAGCUAAUCCUCAUCCUGUGGAUCCAGCCUAUGCAGAGCAGGACAAGCGUUAUGAUGAAACCAAGGUUCUUCAUCAUAUGCAAUUUCACACUAUCGAUUUCCACAAAAAUAACACCUUCUCCGUCAUUGGUACCGAAAAGAUACUUAGAGGUCGUUUUGGACUAGCUGGAGAGAAGCGAGAUCGACUAUGGUUCCAAGUAUCCUUGUUUGGUACUGGCCGUUCCGCUCCUGGAUCCGUCUACAGCGAAGGACGUCUGCUGACUCAUGAAGACAGGAGGGGCUAUGUUGGUAAGGUUGAAGAGUUUCAAAAGAACAAUUCCACUCGCUACUUCAUCACUGAAGGGCUAUACUAUUAUGGAACUGAUUUGCAAAGGGCAUUGAGACCCGAUUCUGGAGGUGUCUUCAGUUUGCAAGAGAUUGACGACGAGGCGAAGGAGGAAGAGGAGGACUAUGGAGAGACGGAUUCGGAGGACUGUGCUGAUGAAAAUGCAUGGGAUGAAGAGGAUGCUUUCCAGUAG